UCUCUCUGCCGUCGUCCGACCGCCAACAUGCUCUUCCUGCUGCUGCUGCUCCUGGUGGGGGCCUGUGUCUCAGCCGACGUCUCUGCCGACCAUUACGUGCUGGCCACCAGGUGGCCCCAGACGGUGUGCGAGAUGUACCACGGCCCAUGUAACAUCCCCGCUAACGUGUCCGCCUUCACCGUACACGGCCUCUGGCCGGAUAACUACGCGGGCAAGGAUCCGGCGUACUGUUCGGGCGCCGGCCUGAACAUGACGCAACUGCAGCCGAUCCUGCCGUCACUGCUGCAACUCUGGCCUAACUUCUACGCCGACUCCACCUCCGAGAGCUUUUGGAAGCACGAAUGGGACAAGCACGGCAAAUGCGCCGUGGACACGGGCGACUUCCCCGACGAGGAGAGCUACUUCUCUGCCGCCCUCUCCAAGGUCAUUCGUUACAACGGCUUCCAGAUCUUGGCGUCGUUCGGCAUCGGACCCAGCCAGGAGCCGCAGAAGCUGAACACCAUCCUGCAGGCGCUCAACGAGACGCUCUACUACCGCUUCAUUCUCAGCUGCCAGCAUCAGUCCGAUCCGGACAGGUUCCUGCUCUCGCAGCUGGAAGUGUGCUUCGACAAGAGCAUGGACCCGAUCGACUGCUACAUCGACGACGACCACAGUUACUACCACGUCAACGGCUGCAGCAAGCACGCCGAUGUCUAUUACCUACCGCUGCAGCACUGAUCUCCCCAUCACAGCGCAAAAGGAGGCAUUGUGCAUUUUAUUGAUACCAGUGAGACAUAAUGGACGCAAAACGACAUCUUUUAUUCCUCCGCUUUUACAUGCCCUCGAUGGUGUCUGUGAAUGGACAACCAAAGCUUCCGCCUGUUGUCCUUGAGCAGAGCUUCCGGCGCGCGCAGCAAUGUCGUGCUACGGCCGUUUUCAUGCAUGUUGGGGAAAAAAUACAUCGCAUGUUGAACA